GGGUCGGGGUGCGGGUCUCGGCUUCGUUCCGGCUUCCCCGCACCUCAAACCGCGCAUGCGCGGCCAGGUGCCGGUGAGGUCGCCCGAGACACGAUGGGUGGCGGGAUGGGCGACGGGUGGGGAAGAAGCCCCGGGGAGCGGCUGGGCCCAGGGAAGGCGGUGACCCGGAGGAAGGACACUUUGGCUAAGCUUUUCUAAAUCCAGCCUGGAGUAAUACUUCAAAGAAAACCUGAUGCGACCGCUCCAGACUGUUCCAAGCCGAUUCAUUUCCCAGCUGUGUUGUAGACUGAAGCCUUCACCCUCCUCACAAAGCAAGAUCUGCCUCACCAUGGCUCGUCCAAGUUCAAAUAUGGCGGAUUUUCGGAAGUGUUUUGCAAAUGCAAAGCACAUAGCCAUCAUCUCGGGGGCCGGCGUUAGUGCGGAGAGUGGGGUUCCAACCUUCAGAGGAGCUGGAGGUUACUGGAGAAAAUGGCAAGCUCAGGACCUGGCGACUCCUCAGGCCUUUGCCCGAAACCCAUCACAGGUGUGGGAAUUCUACCACUACCGGAGGGAGGUCAUGCAGAGCAAAGAGCCCAACCCUGGGCACCUGGCCAUUGCCCAGUGCGAAGCCCGGCUACGUGACCAGGGCCGACGGGUUGUGGUCAUCACCCAGAACAUCGAUGAGCUGCACCGCAAGGCUGGCACCAAGAACCUGCUAGAAAUCCAUGUUACAUCUGAACGUCACCCCAGGGUCAUCUGGGUGACGUUGGCGACGUUAUCUCCCCUCCAGGUCAUGAAAUCCGGGAAGGUGUUUGGCUUGGGAACACUAUUUAAAACUCGGUGUACCUCGUGUGGUGCUGUUGCUGAGAACUACAAGAGUCCAAUAUGUCCAGCUUUAGCUGGAAAAGGGGCCCCAGAACCGGAAACUCAAGAUGCCAGAAUCCCAGUCGACAAACUUCCCCGGUGCGAGGAGGCAGGAUGCGGGGGCUUGCUGCGACCUCAUGUGGUGUGGUUCGGAGAAAACCUGGAUCCUGCUGUCUUGGACAAAGUAGACAAGGAGCUCGCCCUCUGUGACCUGUGUCUAGUGACCAGAAGCAAAUGAACUGUAGCCUCUGGAUGCAUGGAGUCUGCACCCUGUUUUCUGAAUGGCUGUGUUAGAACCACUGCUGUUCCGCACACUGUCUGUGGCUGCUUUUGUGCCACAAUAUCAGAGUUUAGUCCUGGUGGCAGAGACUGGAUGGUCUCGAGAGCCUAACAGUUUUACUGUAUGGCUUUUUUCUCCAAAAACUUGGCCACUUCUGACCUAAACCCUCCUUUAUGUAGAUGUGUGUGUGUGUGUGUGUAUAGAUAUAUAAUACACAUGAUACACAUUCUGUCUUGAGACUGCUUUAUUCAUAUAAUUCAAUUGGCAUAUUCCUAUCAACAUAACCAAAGCUGCCACGUCUUUCAGUUUACUGCACGAUUUUUCUGGUAUACAGGUGAGAUGGUGAGAAAAUCCUAUUGUGGGACAUUUGGGCUGUUUCAGUUUUUUUUUUUUUUUUAAUAACAUCUAAUAUAGCCCAGGAGGGUAUCCGUCAUUGUAUAGCCAAAGCCAGACUUGAAUUCUUCAUCUUCCUGCCUCUGCCUCCCGCAUGCUAGGAUAACAGGCAUGUGCCCCUCACCCAGGUUGUCUCAGAUCCUGGUAGUUUAAGCAGUGUUGCAGGAAUACUCAGGGAUGGGAAUCUUAACACGUUCCUCAAGCAGUUCCCUUAGGACGCAUUCCCUAAAAGUGGAAUUAGCUGGGAGGAGCACGCAGGCUUCACAGUUUCUUUACUAUGUCAUUAGAAGCAGAGGCACUUUGUGGCAGGUCUAUUUCCAUUCUGGAUUUACUCCAUACAUCCCAUGUGGAGGGCAGCCUCUGUGGUCACGAUGGUCAUCCGUGGAGAAACCAGCUUUACAAAACGUGUUCUGGCCUUUCCAUUCCUGUGAGGGGUGUUCGUGCCGGCCAAAAGGUUAUCAGCGGUUACUUCCCACCUUAGGAAAAGAACACAUUUGCACAACUUUAAAGACCAGAAGAAAAGUAACCGCAGAGUCAUGCCCUUUGGGUCAUUUCUGUGCUUCUCUGUCCACUUGUGUAACUGUCCUUGUCUGUCACGUGUUCUCCCCCACUUCCGAGGACUGGCCAAACACCAGACAAGAGAUGUCUCUCGCUUGCCUCCACACUGCAUUUUCCAUCACAGCUAAGCUUUCCUCACACCUCCUGACAAGUUUCCCUGUUGUGUCAUCUCCACCUAGUGCAGCCAUUGUCCGCU